AGUACAGUACUAUAUAAAUUCUAGGUGUUGACAAGUUAGCCAUGUAUACCUGGUUUUUUUAGGGAAAUGUGCAGCUUUUUUUUCUUGAGAAAAGGGAAAUGUACCGCUGGUGUAGAUGCUGUUGCAAGUGGGCCAAGAUGUCCGGUUGAGAUGGGCCUCCGCCUAAAAUUUCUUGCUGCUUCUUGUUGCUUUUCUUCUAUGACCUCGCACUCGCCAUCCCCUCUGAAAAUAUCCCCACCUGCGCCGCCGCCGACACCCCACCCCACCGCCGCCGCCGUCGCCGCACAAAGCUCGAGCAAUGGAACAAUCGCUGCCAACGACCGUGUCUACGUGCACCUCCGACACGGCGAUGGGCAAGCACGUGUUCAAGAUCGUCGGCUACCAUCUGCACAAGGGUUUGGGCGUCGGCAAGUACAUACGGUCCGCCACCUUCGCCGUCGGCGGCUACGACUGGUGCGUCCGUUACUACCCCGAUGGAUACUCAUCCCCCGAGUGCAAUGGCUACAUCUCUGUCUACCUCGAGCUCCUGUCCAGGAACGCCGAGGUCAGGGCGAACUACACAUUCAGUCUAAUCGACUCGGGCGGCGGCUGCGCGCAGCCAUGGUCGCCGUUCAUCCGCCGCUUCGCUCACAACUACACCUCCGUCGAUGUUAGCUAUGGAGCUGACAUGUUCAUCGAACAGACUGCGCUCGAAUUGGUGCCGUACCUGCGUGACGACACCGUGGUGAUUGAGUGUGAGGUCAAGGUUAUCAGGUGGCCGCGGGUGCAGGAGGAGACCGUGUUGGCCGCCACACAUAUCGAGGUGCCACCGUCGGACCUGUCGAUUCACCUCGGGAAGUUGCUGGACGGGAAGAGAGGAGCAGAUGUGACUUUUGAGGUUAAAGGCGAGGUUUUCCCUGCACACAAGAUUAUGCUUGCCACGUGGUCGCCGGUCUUCGAUGCUCAAGUCUAUGGACCCAUGAGCGAUGCCAAUGCCACGAGUAAGAACAUAAUCGUCGAAGACAUGGAGCCCCCUGUUUUCAGGGCCUUGCUUCACUUCAUCUACACGGAUUCGCUGCCAGCUAUGGAUGACCUUGAUGAUGGUGAGAACCAAGACAUGGUUAAACACUUGAUGGUGGCUGCCGACAGGUAUGCCAUGGACAGGAUGAAGAUGAUAUGUGAAGGUAUUCUCUGCAAGAGCCUUGAAGUUGAGACCGUGGCGAUGACAUUGGCGCUAGCUGAUCAGCAUCACUGCAGCAAGCUGAAAGAUGCCUGUGUUGAAUUCAUUCUCUCUUCAAACAGAAUGGAUGAUGUGGUAGCAAGCCAGGGGUAUGCACACCUCAAAAGAUCUUGUCCUGCUCUCAUGUUUGAUGUCUUUGAGAAGGCUACCAAGUCUCGCAAAAUUUAAUGUGCUAAUCUUGAGGUAGGCCUCAAAAUAGUCAGUUUAGUUGACAUGUGGCCACCUAAAAUGAACUAGUUUCUUAUCCUUUAAUUUUUAGAGAUCUCUGGGUGGGACUGUCUUAAAAAGGUAUUUUGGACAAAGCUUGCAAAUAUUUCGUAUGCUCAUGUUGGGUUAACUUUUGGAUGACUAGCCACCUGUGAUAAGUUCUUUUGGAGGAGAUGAGUUGGUCUUGCAAGAUGUACUGAACUACUUGUUGCCUCUUCAUAUUUAUGAACCAACACUUGCUUAUCUAGCUCUCUAAAUUAUUUGAUUUUCUGAGUUUUCAGUACCUUUACGGUUUAUCUGUUAUAGUUUUGUCCUUGUGUAUCCAUUUUCUGACUAAGUAUUACCUGAACGUACAGCAUGAUUUUUUAACAAGAUAACUCUUUGAUUUCAUUUUUGGUUGAACACAGAUGAAAUUUUUAUUUCCAAGUGAUUAGUUUUGUGGCAAUAGGUGACACUAGGUUGAUGAGCAUACCACUGGAUGCUAAGUACUAGAUUUCAGUUGGAGAGGAAGCUAAGAUGAAAUUGACCUCCAGACUGUUAGUCCGGUAAUGACGGAAUUAACAAGGCCCGUUAAUAAUCAUGAACUUGUGCCAUCAGAGGACCUCAUGACGGGCGGCGGUUUUGUUGGUUUUCCGAGCUUUUGCAGUCAUUCUGUAGGAUGCUGAAGGUAAGCAUAAUAAGCUGGUGGUGAAUUGAUUCCUUGCACAAUUUUAGUUUUCUUAAUUAUCUGCUGCACUAGCAUUACCAGGCUUACCAGGGCAGGCCAGGCUGAUCCUCCUUACUCUCCUCCAAAAUGUACUAGUAGUAAUAUUGUUUCCACCAUGAAGUGUGCUA